AUACCAGAACCUGGGUAAGCGCAACAUUAUCCCGUGCCUAGCAUUAUUGUAAUCUACUGUGGAGAAGCUACUGGUUAGAUGAAGGCCUGUGAUAGGAAUUGAUGUGACAGCCCUGUUAUGCGACGCAUCCUGCUGCAAGUUCCAUGCUUAUAAAAGGUCUUGAACUACACCUAAUUCCUCCUCUUCCAUUCUUCAUCGACUCUGAAGUUUCUGAUUCAUUACCAUUGCCUUCCCCUACACCUUGAAAUCAUGAGCUUUACCAUACUUGUUGCGGGCGCAACUGGCAACACUGGCCGUAGCGUUGUUGAAACCCUAUCGAAGUUGCGGGACACUAGCACUACAGGUACUAUCUCUGGUUACCGAAUCCUUGCGCUCACACGCUCCUUGGAGAGCCCAGCGGCAAAACAGCUUGCCACCCUGCCUCAUGUCCAGGUCCUCGAGAAAAAUUGGGUAGACAUCACCGCGGAAUGGUUACGCGAGCACGAAGUGGUCAGAGCGUUCAUUGCGUCUCACAACCUACCGACUCAAUUUGUUGAAGAAUCGGGCUUUCAGGUUGCGGCGCUUAAAGCAGGGGUAGAGUACGUUGUGCGGAUUUCCACAGCUACAACAAAUGUGCGACCUGACUGCGAGGCCUACUACCCGCGUGCACACUGGGCAAUCGAGGCUAUGUUGAGCUCGCCGGAAUUCAAGAAUCUACAAUGGACUUCACUUCAGCCAAACGGGUUUUCUACAAUGAUCCUUUACAAUGCAGCAGAAUAUAUCAAGAAGUAUCGCAAGACUGCGAAACAAGAGACGCUGAGCCUGAUUGUUUCAGCGGAGGCACCCGUCGCUAUCAUCGACCCCUAUGACAUUGGAGUUCUUGCUGCUCAUCUUUUAUUGCAGAAAGACACGUCCGUGCAUAACCAUGGUAGAUAUGUGGUGAACGGGCCAGAAGAUAUCACCGGAGAGCAAAUAGUCAAGUUGGUUGAGGGCCGUAUCGGCGCUAAAGUCGACAGCGUCCUCUACAAGGACAUGUCAUUCGUUGAACACAUUCCGGAAUACCGGGGUCAAACCGCUGUUCUAUUUUCACUCAAAAAAGGUGUAGAAACUCUAUGGGACGGUGUCUGUACUGCUUCUACGACUAGUAAGGAGGUAUUGGAGCUAGCUAAACCGACACGGACGCCGACAGACGUCUUGGAGGCAUUACUGCAAGAUUAAUCUUGUCUAGUCCCAGCUUGUUUCCAUUAUACCACAAUAAGCCGUCUUAGCUCGAGAAUUUUAUUCUUAAAAUCAUCCAUUGUCUUGCGAGAGCUUCAAUUAUAUCCUAUUCCCAUACUCGCAACUUCACGGUACAUGCCAUUAAACGAUAGCGCCAAGUCAAUUAUGAAAACGUAUUGACCGUAUUUUCCCCUCUUCUGCCGGAGUCUGAUUGACCCGCCCUGAACCUGUAGUGUUUAUUUGGCUCAACUAUGACCUUACCCACGUAGCAUGUCAGCCUACAACUACGAACUAUAGCGUCAGUAAUCGAAAAGUCUUGCUUAUAUACACACUCGUCCGUCAGUCGUCAGUGCAGGAUCAUGUAUCGGCGACCCAUAUUCAGACACGAUGAAGACAACCGGGGCGCUUGUAGGAACCGAAGCUCCUCAAUACAAG